UCGCACAAGCCAUUAAUAACCGAACACGGAGGGCAGGCGGAAACUCCACAGCUCAUCUCCCCACCUGAACGGCCCUAUCGGCGAAGAGGGGAACGCCGGGAAGCAGUCGGAUCGCGCAGCCAUGUCCGCGGACGAGGCCGCACUCAAGGCCUGUCAUGAGAGAAUAAACCUUAGUGUAGCUGCCUCGCAUCAAGCUGAGAAUGGGUCUCUCACCACAGUUAGUUCUAAGAAAUCAGAGGAGGCGGCCUAUGCAUUUCUUCCUCCUAUCGAGUCAACUGACGCGCACCUUCAUGAGUUUGCAGAGGCCAUGAGAACUGUUGCAAAAGCACUGCGACAAGUUGCGGAAGGGAAAGCUGCUGCUCAAGCAGAGGCGGCUGAGUGGAAGCGCAAGUAUGAGUCAGAGAAGGCAGUCAAGGCACACAUGCAGCACAGUGUAAUUAAAGGCUGCAGCAACUGUGUCAAGGAUAAGCUAGAGCAUUUGGCUAGUAAACUGACACUGGAGACUUCCUCGGCUGAUGAAACAGGCUGCUGCGGAAACCAUGGGAUCUGCUCACGUCAAAUUCUCCAGGAUCAGUGUCCUGGACCUAACCGUAAAUCAGAUGACAGGAUUAUUGGAAGAAAGGUACCGUUUAGACUUUCGUGGGGUAGCAAUGGUGAUAAGAAUGGUCAGCACAAGCAUGAUUUUGUGUCCUUCGAAAAAGGGGAUAUAACAACAGCAGAACGCAGCAAUAAACAGAUUUUUCUGAAAUGGGAUUCCCCUCCACAAACAGUUCUUUUUGUGACUAAACCUAAUUCCAACUCCGUGCAUGCUCUCUGUUCCGAAAUGGUUAGAUGGCUUAAAGAACAUAAUAACAUAAACAUCUUUGUAGAGCCACGAGUUAGCAAGGAAUUACUGAUUGAAGAUUCUUACUUCAACUUUAUUCAGACAUGGGAUAAUGAUCAGGAAAUGAAGACAUUACACACGAAGGUUGACCUCAUUGUAACUCUCGGCGGUGAUGGAACUGUUCUGUGGGCUGCAUCAUUGUUCAAAGGACCAGUUCCCCCAGUGGUUGCAUUCUCUCUUGGAUCAUUGGGCUUCAUGACUCCCUUCCCAAGUGAGCAGUAUCGUGAAUGCUUGGGCAAUGUGCUGAAAAGACCAUUUACCAUCACACUGAGGAGCCGCCUGCAGUGUCAUGUAAUUCGUGAUGCAGCUAAGGAUGAAGUUGAGACCGGGGAACCGAUUCUAGUGCUUAAUGAAGUUACAAUUGACCGCGGGAUGUCAUCGUACCUUACCUACUUAGAAUGCUAUUGUGAUAGUUCUUUUGUUACAUGCGUACAAGGAGAUGGGCUAAUACUAUCAACAACAUCUGGAAGCACAGCGUAUUCACUGGCAGCUGGAGGAUCAAUGGUACAUCCACAGGUCCCGGGGAUCCUUUUCACACCGAUCUGCCCUCACUCAUUGUCAUUCCGGCCUUUGAUACUGCCGGAAUACGUGACUUUGCGCGUGCAAGUACCGUUCAACAGCAGAGGGCAAGCCUGGGCGUCCUUCGACGGCAAGGGUAGGAUUCAGCUAGGACCAGGCGACGCCCUCAUCUGCAGUGUCUCUCCUUGGCCCGUGCCCACGGCAUGCCUGGUGGACUCGACAACCGACUUCCUGCGAAGCAUCCACGAGGGCCUCCACUGGAACCUCAGGAAGAGCCAGGCUCUGGAUGGUCCUGCCUGAUCGAUGAAGUUUGCGUGUCAUUGGAACUCGAGAUGGCGGAUGAGUCGGUAGAUGCGAUAUUUCAGAGCAUCUCCUCACAGCCCAGCGAAAAUGAAGUGGAUAUGCAUCAUGCAUGCUCCUGUGUUGGUUCGGUUCUUUAUGGGUCUUUGAAUAUUCUUCUACUAUUCCGUACGCAUAAAAGGGUUUAUUGAUAUGUUUAUUAGGUGUCGGCUCGUGGAAUUCGAACUUGGUCAGUUUGCCACCAUGUGAAUAUCUAGAGUUUUAUUGAGUAUAGGCAAUGUAAUUAUGUAAGAGUCGCAGCUACCAUGUGACACAUGUAUCCAAAAAAAUCAAAAAAAAAAGUAAGAGGCGCAGUUUUUUUUUA